AUGGCAGAUAUCCAUGAUCUUCCUGUAUUGUGCUCUCUCGAAGACUUCCUCGGGCAUGAAUAUGACUUCAUUAUCGUCGGAGGUGGAACUGCAGGUCUCACCGUUGCCGCGAGAUUGACCGAGAAUCCCCAUUUUCAGGUCGGCGUCAUCGAAGCUGGUGCCGCGCAUGUCAACGAUCCUAUGAUCAUGACACCAGCUCUCUAUCCUAAGAUUAUCGGUACGCCUGACUAUGACUGGAUACAUAUGAGUACAUCGGCAAAUAACGUCAGCUUUCAACAGCCUCGAGGCAAGGGACUAGGAGGCUCAAGUGCAAUCAACUACCAGAUGUAUGUGCGAGGCCAUGCGUUGGACUACGACGAUUGGGCGAGACUGGGAAACGAGGGUUGGUCCUUCACGGACCUCCUCCCCUAUUUCAGAAAGCAUGAGCACUUCGAUGACCCAAUCAACUAUAGUAACAAACCAAACAUCCCGCUGGAAACCACCUAUGAUGCAGAGUUCCACGGCCACGACGGUCCCAUCCACACCAGCUUCAGCACAUGGCGUCUGCCCCAAGAGCGAGAGUGGAUUGCAGCAUCCAGCACGCUGGGUGACAGGAUGGGAAGCCCCAUCAACGCCUGGAACGGGGACCAUCUAGGUACCUAUCAUUCACUAAGUACUAUCGACAGGAGCGGCGGCCAGGCUGACGGCACGAGGAGCUAUGCUGUUACUGGAUACCUGUUGCCGAAUGCUCAGAGACCCAACCUGCAUGUUUUGACCGAAGCCUUGGUGACGAAACUGGUUGUCAGCGAGACUGGGGAGGUUUCUGGAGUCGUGUUUAUUCAUGAGGGCAGGGCUCAUCAGAUAAACGUGAAGAAGGAAGUGAUACUCAGUGCAGGAGUCAUCAAAUCCCCACAGAUUCUCGAACUCUCGGGAAUCGGUAAUCCUGAUAUUCUUUCCCAAGCUGGUGUAAAAUGCGUUGUCGAUAAUCCUCGCGUUGGAGAGAACUUCCACGACCAUCCAACCACCGGCUUCGGCUAUGAACUUGUCGACGGUGAGGAAUCGCUUGACGCAUUCCAAGACCCCUCUGUAAUCGAAGCUGCCAUGGCAGAGUAUAUGGCUACCAAAGGCGGACCGCUGUCUAGCGGAGGUGCGGCAAUGGGAUUCAUCUCCUACGCCGACGUCGCAACACCCAACGAGAUCUCAUGCACCCAGCGACUCAUCCUCUCAUCCUCACACAAAGGCCACAGCCCCGCCGCCAAAGCCCUCCUCGCAGAGAGCAUCGCCGACCCCUCCUACGGCAGCAUCUUCCUCGGGCUGCUCCCCGCAAGCGUCAACGUCCGUGAAGCCUGGAACCAGCAGAAGCUCCUUUCUCCGCCCCCAGACAUGGUCGGCAAGCACGGCGUCUGCCUCGUCGCUGCGCUCUCGCGUCCGGCGUCCGUGGGAAGCAUCCACAUCACGUCUUCCGACCCAACGCUCGAUCCCGCGAUCGAUCCGGCGUAUCUCACGCAUCCAGCGGACGUGGCGGUGUUGAAGGCAGGGCUGGCGAUGGUGGAUAAGAUGGUCCGCACGAGCCCGUUCCGGGAGAAGAUCAAGAGGAGGUAUCACCCAGAGGAGGCGCUGGAUGUCAGGGAUGCGAAGCAGGUGGAAGAGUAUUUGAGGGGGAACAUAGCGACGCAGUAUCAUCCGCUGGGAUCGGUCAGUAUGGGACAGCCGGGGGUUGGAGCGUGCGAUGAUCGCUUGAAGGUGUAUGGGACGAGAGGGUUGAGGAUUGUAGAUGCUAGCGUGAUCCCCUUGCACGUGAGCGGGAAUAUACAAGCGACUGUUUACGCGCUCGCUGAGAAGGGGGCGGAUCUGAUCAAGGAGGACUGGAGCUUGUGA